GAAGCUGAGAGCAAGCAUCCAGCAAGGAAGGAGGAGGAGGAGGAUGAGGAUGAGGAGGAUGAGGAGGAGGAGGGUGAGGAAUAUUCGAGCGAGCAGGAGGGCUGCCAUCGUUUGCUCCAUUUCUCCGCGUCCUCGUCAGCGAGCGUGAGAGGACGCGAGCGAGGUGGGGGAGCUGCUGGGCGUCCGUUCUUUGCUCUCGCCCGCAUUUUUCAACCGACGCGACGGCGGCAAGCGGCGAGAUCCGUGCACGUUCGACGGAGAUGUCAGGAGAGAGUCCUUCCAGGAAGUCUGUGCUGAUUGGCUGAUAGGUUUCAGCCGGAGGAAUAAAAAGCAAGGCGCUCAUUUUGCUCUUUAGCAACGUGACGACAUGCUAAAGUCGAAGUGAAUCGGCGGGCUCCAUCACUCCUUCAUGGGCCCGUCAUUUCGGUCCGCGUGAUCCGGCCCUGACAUUCCUGGGCAGAGCCUCUUCUCUGCUCAACCUCCGGACAGGGAGGGGGCGGGCAGUGGGCUGAGGUGCUGCGCUGCGAUUGGCCGAGUGCGGGCGAGAGUGCGAUGCGGAUUGGAGGAUGUCGGGUGACUGGGAUGAAGACCUGUGCAAGAAGGCACUGAUGCUGGUGGAGGAGCUGUGCUUAAACUCGCCCCGCGGGUACAGCCAGAGCGAACUCUGUCAGGAGUUCAGCUACCUGCUCAGGGGCCGCAACAGACAGCCGGACGCAGAGAUUUCGGUGAGCCUACUGUCGGUGAUCGUGACGUUCUGCGGCAUUGUGCUGCUGUCGGUGUCGCUCUUUGUGUCAUGGAAGCUGUGCUGGCUGCCCUGGCGGGACAAGGAGGGCGGGGGCCUGAGCCUGACGUCGGGGUUGCUGCCGGGCAGCAUGGGAGGCCUGGGCGGCGCGCCGGGCUCCUCCUUCUUGCCGCCGCUGCUGCAGAGGAAGGAGGGCCAGUCUUCGUCAUCGCUCUACCCGUCGCUGGGCCAGCAGGGGCAGCACCACCCGCACUUCUCCGACCUGGUGGGGCUGGAGAGGGGUGACGGCGGUGGCGGCGGCGUGGUGGGCGGCCCGCAUGAGACCCAGGAGCACUCCUACCUGGACAUGGACUCGUACCCGAACAACGCUGGGACCCUAAAGCUGAGCCAAACGUCUCCGGACGUCCCCAACUCGGAGGGGGGCGCCCACCCCCACAAGGACCUGCCCAACGCCGUCUCCCAGCAGCAGGUCACGGCCCGGCCCAAGCCCAUGACUCACCAGCUGUCCAGCCCCGACUUCCACGGCGAGGAGAAGGAGCAGGUGACCAGCAUCGGGCAAAUCAAACCCGAGCUGUACCGGCCCAAAGGCGACCCGGGCGACGGCAAGCAGGGCGAAGCCUGCGGCAAGAUCAGCUUCCUGCUGCGUUACGCCUUCAACACGGAGCAGCUGGUGGUGAAGAUCCUCAAGGCGUUGGAUCUGCCAGCCAAGGACGCCAAUGGCUUCUCCGACCCUUACGUCAAGAUCUACCUACUGCCCGACCGCAAGAAGAAGUUCCAGACUAAGGUUCACAGAAAGACGCUGAACCCCGUGUUCAACGAGACGUUCCAGUUCGGUGUGCCUCUGAACGAGCUCCACUCCCGCAAGCUUCACUUCUCCGUCUAUGACUUUGACCGUUUCUCCCGCCACGACCUGAUUGGACAAGUGGUGGUGGACAACCUGCUGGACUUCAGUGAGGGCAGUGGAGACAAACCAGUGUGGAGGGACAUCGUGGAGGGCACGGCAGAGAAGGCCGACCUUGGGGAGCUCAACUUCUCGCUGUGCUACCUGCCCACUGCUGGCAGACUCACGGCCACCGUCAUCAAGGCUACAAACCUGAAGGCCAUGGACCUGACUGGUUUCUCGGACCCUUAUGUAAAGGCCUCACUGAUCUGCGACGGUCGCAGGCUGAAGAAGAGGAAGACCUCCAUCAAGAAGAACACGCUGAAUCCCACCUACAACGAGGCGCUGGUGUUCGACAUUCCAAAUGAGAAUAUCGAGAGCGUGUCCAUCGUCAUCGCUGUGAUGGACUACGACUGUAUCGGUCAUAACGAAGUGAUAGGGAUGUGCCGCGUUGGCAGCGACGCCGAUGGCCCGGGGAGGGACCACUGGACUGCCAUGUUGGCCAAUCCACGCAAGCCAAUAGAGCACUGGCAUCAGCUGGUGGAGGAAAAAGCAAUCGGUACGUUUGUGUCGACGAAGGGCGAAGCGUCACCCUCCUCUAAGCCACACAUCGUGGUGGACAGUCCUCACUCCGAUUAAAUGGGUCCACACAGUCGCUCCACCUCCAGACUUUUCCUUUUUCUCUCCUCUCAUCUGUGAAUCCGUCUUUUUUCCAUCAAAGAGAGACAAGCAGAUAUAGUCGACGGUUUUGUGCUUCUGCUCAAUCCGUCGACGGGGAAAAAAAAAAAAACAACCACGCAACAGCGGAGACAAACACACUAACACACAGUUAGUUUGCUGUAUGUGCAUAGUUGACAUGUAGUUGUUGAUCUAGGAGGCGUGUGAUGUGAUAAACUCUUUAAAAAAAAAAAAAACACACAUAAAUAAAAAAACAACAAAAAACAAAGCCAUUCUCACGCGGUCACCUGGAGUGGGACCAAACCUCUUGUACAGACUUUCAGAAAAGAAGACAUACCAUAUCACACAAGGUAGCUGGACUUGCUGGAUUCUCCGGGCCUUCCCUGAGUCCAAUGCAACUGACCCCGCUCCCCAAAGGAAGGAGGACCAACGUGGUCUUCAUCGAUAGCCGAGGAGUGACUGACUGUGGCCUGAGCAUGUUACCUUGUGUCCGUCUUCCUCACGCAUCCCGUUGUCCUCAUGGCAUCUUCUUUUACCAUUCCCAGGAUGGAACGUUGUGCCGUUUUGUACCAAGAAUACGAGGGACGCCCCAAAAAAAACUAUUGGACAUUUCCCUGGUCGAUGCAUCCAAAAAAAAAAAAAAAAAAGACUUUUCUUUUGAUUUUUCCAGUCAUGAGCUUUAGAAUCAAGUCAUACAUGUGACACAUCUGUGUUGCUUUCAUCCGUGUGUUUCCGUGUUCGUGGGUGUGUUUGUUUUGUAUUUGUGUGUGUAUGUAUGUAUGCCUGUGUGUCCUAGUGACCUUCUGUGCUCAUGACCCACCCCCUCAACUCAUUAUCCCCCUCUGACUUCCCCCCCCCCCACCCCCCAAGACUUCCACGAGCCCUGUCUCACAUUGUCACAAGGAUCCAUGUUGUUGUGCGCACAAUAUCCAGAUAUAAGAACACGGACGUUUACUCGGACUGCAAUGUCAAUGAAAUCACAAUUUGGGUUACGGCUUGAGGGUUAGGAUUGGAGUCUGGGUUAAGACUGGUUUGACGCCACCGAGAAAAUGUUUACUCACAUAAACUCCAUAGGUUAGGGUUUGGGUUGGGGCUAGAGCUCGGGUUAGGGGCUAAGAGUUUAACCCCACCAAAAACAUGGACCACGGAUGUGUACAGAAAUCAGAAACUUUGUGUGACCCAAUGUUAGAAAGAUGCCUGUAAAGAUUUUUGGGUUUGAGCUAGGGCUCCCAACACCACCAAGGCGACAUUUUGCCACAUAAAUCCCGUAGAUUCAGGACUUGUGGGGCAGCAAAGAGCAGACGGCUAAAUUGACUUCACUUGUUAUCAGCAACUUUGUGUCUGUGGGACAACUUUGUGAGAUGAUAGUGUCCAUCUUGUCGGAGCAAAGGUUUUGGGACAGACCUCUUAAUCAAGUGGACAAAAUUUACCACGGUAAGCUAAAACGAAAGUCCAGUAAAACCGAACAGCCUGACAGAACAUCAUCAAGUUAAUUGUUUGCAAAACCAGACCGCCACCUAGUUGCACUAUAUAGGUACUCCUAGAAUUGAGUCCCUGUAAAAGAAAAUAAAUGUGCCCCGAAGCCCCGGGCCACACACUGGCUGUCGCAUCGUCUUUUUGUGCGUUUUCGGUAAUUACCUUCAAUGUUUGAAGACCAUCACCAAGGAGGCGCUUUGAUUAAUUGUACAUCAUAGAAGAAGAAACAAACCCCCUCCCCACAUCCCAAUAAUAUGUUAACCCCUCAAAUUUAACUGCAGAGCCAUACAGUAGCAUUUUAUAGCUACUGAUGGAAUCGAUUUCAUGCCAUGGAAGAAGCAAAAUACAGUAAAACUACUCAACCGACUGAUCUUGCAGUCUGUGUAAAGCCGCUGUUUCUCAUGCAUUCGUCCAUGUCACUAAGCCCUUCCGGCCUCCCGCCCUCUUGCUCCCAGUGUCGUGUAACUCUGAUGUGCUUCGCUAUUCAGUGUGCUGUACGAGAACCCAGGUAGACGGCAACAAAAAAAAAAACCCCCAAGAACGAAAAAGUCGGCUUUUUGAUUCAAGCGUUCAUCUGGGAAAUUAAACGGAUGUCUGUAUGUGAGUGUGCGUCCUGUGACUUGUACAUUACGGAUCCGCUUUGUCUGAGUGGAAAAGUUAUGGAUCCAGUGGUCCCAAGGCUCCAUGACUCUCACCCCUCUCUCUCUUGUCAGCACUUAUCCACCAUUGCUGCCACCUCAUUUUAACCCUCCCUCCCUCCUCCAUCCUUUUUCAUGACUCAGUCCCACCAUCUUGGCUCCCACCCAGGCUGCCCUGUGGUGUUGUGAAUGGUCGCAACGGAGGUCUGCAUGCUUCUCAAUUAACACGAAUGAUGUCAACCCGAUGCAAAAUGACAUAAGUGACGCUCGGAGCUAAAAAAAAAAAUAAUAAUAAUAAAAUAAAAUAAAAUACAAUUUUAAAAAUGAUGAACUCGUUACUAAUACAACUAAUGACCACAACGAUAAUAAUGAGACGCGGGGCAAAUGUGUGUUUUCUCUCUGUGUCAGAAUUAAGAUUAAUAUUGAACAAUUUGGAUUAUUUUUUUUUUUAAUAAAAAGGGUUUAUUCACAAGUAUGCUUUUUUUUUUUUUUUUUUUUUUAAAGCCGGGGAGUGAUUGUUUCAGUCCGGGAAGAGUGAAGCAAUGCUGUUGGAAAUAAAAGCUAUGUAUCAUGCA